UUAUCACAUGCAUCAACAGAUUAUUACCGAGUGAAAAAUGCCGCGCUUGAGAAGGAGAACCACCUCCCGUGGGCAGGUUCCUGCAUGGGUGUAUUCCAGGGCCUGCAGCGAGGUCAAUUCUGGGAGCUCAGUGAGGCAGGCAGCGUUGGCCAACAACAUUAACCAUGUGACGUUGUCACGCUACCUCAAGCGGAGGGCAGAAGAGGGCAGUGAAGCGGCUAGGUCCCCUGGCUAUAACCCACACAAUAGGGUUUUUAACGCAGCGCAGGAGGGAAAGGUCAGGGACUACCUGAAGAGGGCAGCAGCCAUUUAUUUUGGGCUCACCCCUAAUGAGGUCAGUGUUGUGAAAAGGGCUACAUAAGUUGUAGGACAGGCACACAAGUAUGCUAUGCACAUGCUUUAAUUAAUAAAUAUGAUUUAAUAAAUAUGAACAAAUAACAUAAACAUAAACAUCAACUUUUUAUGACCCCUUCAGGUCAGAAAAUUUGCCUUUGAGCUGGCAGUCCACUUCAGCUGCCCAUUCCCUGCAUCCUGGUCGAGGAAGAGCAUGGCGGGGAAGGACUGGUUCACCUCCUUCAUGGAGCGCAGUGGCAGCCUCUCCCUUCGGCGUCCAGAGGCCACUAGCCAACAGCGAUUGUCCAGCUUCAACCAAACAAAUGUAAACUUGUUCCACCAAAAUUUAAAGACGGUGCUGGAACGGCACCAGUUCCAGGCCAAGGACAUUUGGAACAUUGAUGAAACCGGGGUCACCACUGUCCAGGUGCCAGACCGUGUCGUCGCCCAGAUGGGGCAGAAGCAGGUCGGGUCAGUGACCUCAGCGGAGAGGGGGACCCUGGUCACAGUUGCCUUGGCAGGCAAUGCGCAGGGCGACCUUGUUCCGCCAUUCUUCAUCUUCCCCCGUAAGCGGUUCAAAGACCACUUCCUGAGGGGUGGACCCGUUGGCUGUGCUGGCAGCGGCAACCCAACUGGCUGGAUGAAGGAGCCAGACUUCCUCCUGUACCUGGCCCACUUCACCAGGCACACCCGUGUGUCCAAGGAGUCGAAGCUGCUCCUCCUGCUGGACAAUCACCCGUCCCACCUGUCAAUUGCAGCAAUUGAUUACUGCAGAGCUAAUGGCAUAGUGCUGCUGUCAUUCCCUCCCCACUGCACCCACAGGUUGCAGCCAAUGGACAUUAGUGUCUUCGGCCCCCUAAAGGGGUACGUAAACAGUGCGGCGGACAGGUGGAUGAGGAGCCACCCAGGGAUCAACAUCUCCAUUUAUGAUGUGCCCUCCAUCGUUGCUGAAGCCUUACCAAAGGCUGCGACAGUGAACAACAUUACCUCCGGGUUCUCAAGUCCAGGGAUCUGGCCUUUUAACCCCUCUGCGUUUGAGGAAAAGGACUUCGCCGGAGCCUAUUCCACAGACCGUCCUCCUCCCCAGGCUUCGGGUGACGAGGUCAGCGCUUCUCCAGGUGCCACUUCAGGCAUGGAUGUACCUGAUCGAGCUGCCGGGCCUGACGAAGCUGUCCGGCCUGAGGGAGAGGCCGUUGAGUUCAGCCCGGACAUCGUCCGGCCUUACCCUAAGGCCGGACCUAGAAAGAUCACAAAGAGAAGAGGGAGAAAGAGGACAACUGCUAUACUUACGGACACCCCGGUGAGGGCUGCUUUAGAGGCGGAAAAGCAGGGAACUGGGAAGCAGCGUCGUCCCGCCAAGCAGCCUCCCUCCUCUCGGGCUCCCAAGAAGAGGCUGUUCUCGCCCGCUCCUGAUGCCGGAGUUGCUGGAGUUGCCACCUCAGCUGCUCCUCCCACCAUCACCUGGCCCGCUGAUGGAGUCAGCCCCACCUUAGGCCUAGUUUGUCCUGUUCCGGAGGCAGCAGAGUUCACCACCAUUGCUUACUUACAUUGA